UAUAGAUAGCGUUCACCAACAAACGAUAAUUUAACCAUUAUUUCGGUGGUUUUGGGAUAGAUUAAACUUUAGUUUCGUAUGUUUUCGGAGCGGUCUUUUGGUUGAUAGCAAGUAUUGUUGAAGGAACCGUCCACAGCCGGAAUUGCACGGGAAAUAUUACAAGAAUGGUUCCGAUUAGCAGUUUGGAACGAACCUAAAUAAUAUGGUGGUAUUUGUCAUUUAUCAGUUGUCUACAGUUGCGUGACAGCUCGGAGUUCUGUGUCAGAUCGAAAUGGUGUUUGUUGUGAAAAAGUUUAAACAAUAUUAUUGAAUUUUUAAAAAUUCGAAUAUGGCUAAUCAUUAUGAAGUACCAAACUGGGCUGGGAAACCACCAGUAGGUCUUCAUUUAGACGUAUUAAAAGGUGAUAAAUUAAUUCAGAAGCUUAUGAUUGACGAGAAAAAAUGUUAUCUAUUCGGCAGGAAUUCCCAAAUGAAUGAUUUUUGCAUUGAUCACGCUUCUUGUUCCAGGGUACAUGCAGCUUUUGUCUGGCACAAACAUCUCAACAGAGCUUUCCUAGUAGAUCUCGGUAGCACACAUGGUACUUUUAUUGGAAAUUUACGUUUAGAAGGAUACAAACCUACGCAACUUCCGAUUGAUUCUAGUUUUCAUUUUGGGGCUUCUACGAGAAAUUAUAUCAUUAGGGAAAGACCCCAAACUGGAAUUAGACCGAUUAUAGAUGAAAUUGAAAAAGCUGGUGAAGAAUCCGAGGGAGGAUUGUUGGGUUUACCGGAAACGGAAACUGAAUUGGACAAUCUAACAGAAUUUAACACAGCGCAUAAUAGGAGAAUAUCAAUGUUGGGUAUAUCAGAUGAUACUGAAAAAAGGGGUAGCAGAAAACGUAAACGACAGUAUGUUUCCUUCAAUGAAGACGACGAAAUAAUUAACCCUGAAGACGUAGAUCCCAGUAUAGGCCGAUUUAGGAAUCUAGUACAAACGACUGUCGUCCCGAUGUCGUCCAAGAGAAUCAAAAUGGGGGAAAGUUUAGGAGUAACGUCACCGGAAUUCAAACAACCGAAAACUAUACACCACCCCAACGUCACCAUUCCGGAUUUGUACAACGAUUUACCCCCGGAAUCCCAUCAAACCGGUUCUGGUAAUUUGGGCAUGUACAGUUCGUUAAGUUCUAGGUUGGGUAUCGUUUUGCCAAAUCCGGCGCCGGAAAUCGAUAUGGGACAUUCUUUCACCAAUAACACACCGUUUGUACCCCAACAGGUGCAGGCUGCGGAUUCUAUGGAGCCGAAGAAGAAGAAGUACGCCAAGGAGGCUUGGCCGGGAAAGAAAUCCAUUCAAACGUUGUUAGUGUGAUUAUAAAAAUGGUGGCGUUUCAAGUUUCGUUCCAGGGGCUGAAUUGAAUUUUGAAUAAAACAAAUUUUUUAUUUUCGUUUUAAUCUCCUUUCGAUCUAAUCGUUUUGAUUGAUUACCGUUACAUUUUUCUACGUUCUAAUGCGUUUUUGUACAUUUAAAUUGAAAUUUUUCUUACGGGGCGCGUCACAAAAAUGUAUAAGUGUAAAUUUUGGAAAAAAACUUUGUUUAAUAAAAAAUUACAGAAUAUUGUUUUGUGCAAAUGAU